UGAUACAUUCAUUAUAUUGCAACAUUCAAUUAAAUCAAAAUAAUCAUUCAAAAUCAAAUUUCACGUCUGUAAUUUGCUUACAAUAAACACUUAUCCAUCCAUUUUUAUCUUAAAAAAAUAUUGAUAUUGUGAGUACAACAAAAUCUAUCAAAAUAUUGGAAGUUUUCAAUAUGAUUCUAAAGUACUAAUGUAAAACACGUGUUUGGUGAUUUGUCUGUAUAAAAUUGAUGUUGUAGUUAAUGAAGUGAAUAUAAUGAAGAAUAUAGCUGAUAGAAUUUCCCAGCGUUAUGUACUGGGUAUGAUGGGAUUCCUAUGUACAACCAAUAGUUAUGCACUCAGGGUUGUUCUAAACGUUGCCAUAACGCAGAUGAGUACUCAAGAAUCUACUAAAUACACUGACCCAGGAACUUGUCCUGAAAAUAGCGAAACAAAUCUUACAAGUAACUUGCUAUUAAAAACAACUAUUAAAAACCCGAUUUAUGAUUGGGACGAAAGUACCAAAGGACUAAUCCUUAGUUCUUUUUUCUGGGGUUACAUAGUCACACAUUUACCCGGUGGAAUAUGGGCAGAAAAAUAUGGAGGAAAGCACAUUCUCGGUGUUGGAAUGUUGAUUGCAUCGGUAUUGACCGUUUUGACUCCUUGGAUUGUCAUAGCAAGUAAUGGUAACUGGGCUAUAAUCGUUCUAACUAGGAUCAUCGUUGGAUUAGGUCAAGGUACCAGUAAUCCUGCUCUUAACGCUUUGCUUGCCAAAUGGGUACCGGCGUCAGAACGAUCAACAAUUGGAACAAUGGUUUAUUCAGGAAGUCAAAUUGGAACUGUAUUAUGUAGCGCUAUAAGUGGAGCCCUAAUUACUACAACACAGACGUGGUCAUCGGUAUUUUAUUUUUUCGGAGGUUCCGGUAUAUUGUGGUACAUAUUUUGGCAAAUUCUUUGUUAUUCCUCACCGGAACAACAUCCGUUUAUAAGCAAAAAAGAAAAAGAAUUUCUUAAAUUGGAGAUAGAGGGAGUAUCAAAAAUUAGACCACCGAUACCGUGGAAAGCGUUUUUCACAUCCGCUCCAGUAUGGGCUUUGAUCGCCGCGCAAUCUGGUCACGAUUGGGGAUUUUAUACGAUAUUAACCGAUUUACCGACUUACAUGAGCGAAGUUUUAAAAUUCAAUAUUUUAGACGAUGGUAUAUGGAAUUCCAUUCCGUAUAUCGUUAUGUGGGUAUGUUCAAUGUGUUCGGGAAAGUUGUGCGACUGGAUGAUUACCAAACGAUAUAUAUCUGUAACAUUCGCCCGAAAAUUCUUCACUACUCUUUCCUCGGUUGGACCGACAGUUUUCAUAAUGGCGGCGUCGUAUUCAGGAUGUAACAAAGCAAUUACUGUAGGAAUGUUCACGAUUGCGUUAUUUUUCACCGGACCGUUUAUCUGUGGUUUCAAAGUUAAUGCUUUAGAUAUCGCCCCAAACCACGCCGGUAUUCUAAUGGCUAUAGUUAACGGUUGUGGAUCUUUUACCGGAGGAGUCGUUCCUUAUUUAGCUGGAGCUUUAACUGAAGACCACACUUUAAUUGAAUGGCGUACAGUAUUUUGGAUAACCGGCGGUGUAUUCGUCGUGACGAGUAUAAUUUUUUGUAUAUGGGGUAGUGCUGAUUUACAAGAUUGGAACAAUCUAGAAACAAGUAAAAAAGAAGAAGAAAUCGAAAACAAUAAAGAGACACGAAUCAACGAAAUCGCAUGAUAUCAUGUCUAGGGAAAAAUAUUAUGUAUUAUGAACUUUAAUAUAUUUUUGUAGGAAAAAAGUGAACGAGGAAAGAUUGUAACACAAAAAAAAGAAAAAAAUGUGAAGGAUAAAAAGUGAUAUACUAGAAUAAAUAGAAAUGUAAGAAA